AUGGCUGUUGAUGAAAGUUUCAUAACCCAGUUUGAGGUGUAUACUGGAAAGGCCACCCAAGACUCAUCGUUCACUUUGGGAGAAAAUGUUAUGCUCCAUCUUACUGAAUCAUACAUGCAGUCUCACCGACUAAUUGUGUUCGAUAACUUCUUCACGUCAUACAAUCUGAUGAAGUCACUAAAUGAAAGAGGACUUUUUGAAGUUGGAACAUUGAGGACAAACAGAAUGGGACUUCCAGGUAUGAUCAAGAAACAAGACAAAUUACAAUGGGGGCAGUUUAUGUUCAAAACAAAGGGAUGUGUCCCAGCAAUAAAAUGGAGAGAUAACAAGACUGUGACAAUACUAAGUAUUUAUCAUAGCCCAAAAGAUGUAACCUUUGUCAAUAGGAAAAACAGAGAUGGUACUUCAUCAGAGGUCUUCUGUCCUAAAGCAGUUUCAUAG